UAGCGCGCGGUCAACACGAUCACAUCGAAUAUUGCAGAUCAUUCAGAUCGUAUCUCUUAGUUUACAUCAAUUGUGACACCUGUCUCGAAUCGGAUUCAGUUUUGAUAUUAGUUUCGGUUAUUUAGUAUGUCUUAAGUCAUUUAAUUGGCAUUUUGCAAUACGUUCCUUAGAUAGUUAAAAAUUAUUGUUAUUAUAAAAUCAAAUCUAUUUGCAAUUAAAACACAAAUUGUGAUAAAAAACAAAAAGAGUCAAUUUCUAUCUUCAGUUGUAACUUAUUUAAUAAAAAAUCUGUUCUUAGGCUCAUCGACAUGAGUAAAAAUGGACACAACAAUCCGGCGUUUGUCAGCGAUCAUGUGGACAACAUCAAACAGCAGAGCAGCAACAAAUACUCGCUUGAGCUGGCGGAGAAGGGCAACAACAACAAGGCGGCCAAGGAUCCCGACUACAAUCCCUACGAGCAUCGCGAUGUGCCACAUCCCACAACCAACUGGGAAACACUUUUCCAUUUGCUGAAAGGAUCACUGGGCACAGGGAUUCUGGCCAUGCCCAAUGCCUUUCGCAAUUCGGGUUAUGUGACGGGCUCCAUUGGAACCAUUGUGAUUGGCAUUAUUUGCACCUACUGCAUACAUCAACUGGUCAAGGCGGAGUACGAGCUCUGCCGACGCAAGAGAGUGCCCAGCAUGAACUAUCCGGCUGUGGCAGAGUCAGCGCUAAACGAGGGUCCGGGUUUCUUUAAAUGCUGUUCACCCUACAUUGGCACCGUGGUGAAUGUUUUUCUGCUCAUCUAUCAACUGGGCACCUGCUGUGUAUAUGUGGUGUUUGUGGCCUCCAACAUCAAGUCCAUUGUGGACGCAGUCUAUGAUACGGACACGGAUGUGCGUCUAUGCAUGAUCAUCAUAUUGAUUCCGCUGAUACUCAUCAACUGGGUGCGUCAGCUCAAGUACCUGGCACCUUUCUCCACGCUGGCCAAUCUCAUCACCAUGGUGUCCUUUGCCAUCAUUUGCUACUACAUAUUCCGCGAGCCCGUCACAACUGAGGGCAAGGAAGCCUUUGGCGAGUUGGAGAAUUUUCCGCUGUUCUUUGGCACCGUUCUGUUUGCCUUGGAGGCCAUUGGCGUCAUUUUGCCGCUUGAAAAUGAGAUGAAAUCUCCGCACAAGUUUGGCGGAUCCUGUGGUGUGCUUAACGUAUCCAUGAUUUGGAUUGUGUUCCUGUAUGUGGGCAUGGGCUUGUUUGGAUACCUCAACUAUGGUGCCAGUGUGCUGGGUUCCAUCACUUUAAAUCUGCCAAAGCAUGAAAUUCCAGCACAGAUUGUCAAGGGUAUGCUCGCUUUUGCCAUUUACAUCACCCACGGACUGGCUUGCUAUGUCGCCAUUGACAUCACCUGGAACGAUUACGUAGGCAAGAAGCUGGGCCCGCAGAGAAACAAGUUAUUCUGGGAGUAUGCGGUGCGCACGGGUCUUGUGCUGGUCACUUUUUUGUUGGCUGUGGCAAUACCCAAUCUGGAGCUGUUCAUAUCGCUGUUUGGUGCUCUGUGCUUAUCCGCUCUGGGAUUGGCUUUUCCGGCUCUGAUACAAAUCUGCACACACUGGUACAACACGAGUGGCAUCAGCAAAGCCUGGCUGCUAUUAAGCAACUUUGUGCUGAUUAUUGUGGGCAUUCUUGGUCUGGUAAUUGGCACGUAUACCUCCCUAAAGGAGAUUGUCCACACAUUCACAGAGUAACUCGUUAUCUAAUUAUUUAGAAUUUCUUGUAGUCAUAGUUUUUUUUUGUAAUUUUCUUUCGAAUUUGCCUCCACGCAUUUCAAUUGUCGUACAAGCAAAGUAUUAUGCACAAAAUAUGCAAAACUAAAACGUUAAAUAUUCUCAGAACACAUAAAAACGAGAGGAUUUAUGUGUAAACAAUUGUUUUGUAAUGUUCAACUUGAAUAUAUUUGUAUAAAUUUAUCAAAUUUGUGAUAUUUUUAAGCAUUGUGCCCAAAAGUUUUUUAUUACAUGUUUGUAAUUUAUAACGAUCUUUAUUAAUAGAUAAUUACUAUCUAAGUCCUAUCUUUAUAAGCACUAUUUAUAAUACGAUAACAAACAAAAACAAGCAAUAAAAAGAUUUUGCCAUAUUUU